GUUACAUUUUGGUUUAACAAAUUCGCAAAGAGUGUCGUUUCUUUUCAGCCUUAAUUUAAAGUAUGUAUGUGCGUUCACAAUACGCAGAGCGGAAUUCGAAGAGGGAACACGGCACUUGAUUUUCGUGGUAACAUUCGCGACACAAAGUAAAAGAAGACGUAACUAACACGUGCACACAGCGCGCUAGAGAUGAGGGCACAAAUGGAAGACGAGUCACAUGAACCGGGAGAAGGCUCUCGCAAUCCAGUGUCGUGAUGGGUCGACUUCUCUGGCUGGCAGGCCCCUUGAGCGUGACUUCAAGAGGAACCUGCGCCGAGGGAGAGAGAAUCUACCUGCUCAUGUCUGAAUGAUGAAAAGCUGCGCACUGCUAAUACAUAGAGCCACGCUCCUGCCGACAGGGAACCGCUACUGAGAGAGAAGCGUGAGGCAGAAGGUACGCGCAGCGCGACCAGCAGGAGUGAAUCUGAAAGUGGGAGGGACACCGACAAAAAGCACAACUCUAACUCUUGCCACAUAUGGUCUCGCGAUACGGUAGUUCGGAGGCAGGAAGUGAUCUGUGUCACUCUCCUGGUGGUCGUUACUCUGAUGGCAUUUUUGGCGUGGUUUUGGAUCUAUAUGCAUGCAGCGGUGUACACGCGAUACGACGACGGGCGGGUGAAUUUAUAUAUUCUCUCGGAUGGAUGGUUUUUCGAGAAGGCGCGGAUCGCUGGCGCGUGUGAGAAACUGCGCGCCGCAAAUGUGCACAUGGUGAAGCCUGUAAGUGCUGGCUACGCGGAUAUGGACGCCGUGAAUGCGCAAAUUCGUUCGGAUCCUCGGAUCUUCAAGGUGACCAUGGGCGCAUACGAAAGUCACGGGGAGAGGCUGGCCUCACUAGGAGAGAGCCAGCUCCUGGCGCCACGCAUGAGCGAAAAUUCGAAUACCGCGAGGCGCUGGAGCGGAAUCGUGAACAAAAAAGAAAUGAUGGAAAACAUUUUCGCGGACUUUGCCGCGGACCCCGAAAUCCAGGAUAUGGCCAGCAUUCGUGGGGGGCAAGUGCACUGUUCAAAUGUUGCUAAGAUUUCGUGACUCCAAGGACCCGAAAUUCCUGCCCGGUGGUGCUCUGGCCGAGGACGAAGACGAACACAGAACGGAAACGAGGCAAGGUGAUGCGCUGCGCAGGAGCGCCCAGAGGGCACUACGGCCGCCCUCUCCUGAGGCCCCCUGGAUGCUGAAGCCGGCGGUCGGCCAGGGUGGGC